AUUACGUCACUGCAAUCAAACACACUUGAAGGUAACGCUGUAUAAAAACUAUUUCUGAAUAUCUCUGAUGGAGAAUCGUGGUGAGUCAUUUGCCAUGUUCUGAUGAAAUUGAGUAUUACUAUUUCACUGAUUGACAGAAGGUCCUCAACUUAACUUAAAGUUAUGUUGCUUUAAAAAUAUUACGGAACGUGAAAAAAGUGUCACAGAUUCCAGCACUGAUAAUACAGCUGACUGCGCAUCUGAGGUAGAAAAGUUUGCACUCGUCUGACUUGCUUUGAAGUGGAAUAUUCUUCGACUUUUGGCUGAAGGCAUCAGUACGAGGUUUCUCUUGGCAAGGCUAGUGUUGUUGGCAAGUUGCACUUUGCAGAAAAAUUUAACGACGCUUCUGAGAUAGAGACUGGUGUUGAACCCAAGACAACAUGAAUGAAAGGCAUCGAGACAUCUUGCGUCGCCACUGGUCGGCGCUCAGGAGAGACUUGGAACCAGUUAAGCUUCUACCUUAUCUGGUAAACGUAUUGGACGUCACAGACGAACAGGAAGUGAAGGUGAAGGCCACACGAGAGGACAGAACAGACAAACUGUUAGAGAUCCUACCCAGGAGAGGACCAGCUGCUUUUGAUGAGUUUGUGACAGCAUUACAAGAAAUCCAGCCAUUUUUAGCUACUCCUUUGGUCAAAGAAGCUGAAAUGGAGGAAAUAAAGACAGAGCUUAACCGCGCAAGAACGCACAGUGCAAGGUUACGUGAAGAAGUUCGUCUGAUGAGGACAGGUUUAGAAAACGAGCAACAAAAUCAUAGGAAAACGCAGAAAGAACUCAAGGAGCUAAAGAGCAUACACGAAACGCUCAUGGUGAGAAGUAACGACGACCAGAGAAUUUUGCAAGCACAAGUUAAAGAAUUAGAGAAUAAAAUCAAAACCACGGAGGAAGAAUUGUCCGCUAAAGAAGUUUUCGUUGAGGAAACAGAUCGUUUAAGAAAAAUGUGUGAUAAGCUGGACGAUGAUUUGAGAAACCUUAGGGAAAACUUUGAAAAGACCUCCGAGGAAAAUAAAGAACUUGCGAAAAAACUGUCAGGCUACCAAAAUAAUACUUUAAAUCAAAGCAACUCUCCUGAUAUGACCAGUCUGAUGUCCAUGCAAGUGGGGCUUAAAAUCUACAACGGGUACGAGCCAAACUUUCAUCUUAUUGGAAAUGCAGACGAGGAGAUGAAGCUCGCAUUUCGCAAAAACAGCGCCAUCUCAACAGAACUGCUAGAUGAGGCAAGGAAAGACUUGGCUAAUGUAACAAAAGAACGCGAAGAUUUGAAACAAAAAUAUGAAGAGCUUGAGAGACAACUCGAGGACACCCUCGAAAGUUUGGAAAGGAAAAGAAGUGCCAGUUUUCACGACCGAGCGACGUCUCCCAGAGAAAUGAAGCAGGAUGACUCUGAAGAGGAUAAUCAAUGUUCGCGUUGUGAUGCGUUAGAAGAAGAAUGUACCUUAUUACGAACUGAGAGAGACUUCAUCAAAGGAAAGAAAGUCAAGUUUGGAGAAGAAAUUAAGACAUUAAACAAAGAUAUUGAAGAUCUUCGCUCUGAGCAUACAAAGGAGAAAAAGACUCUACAAAGGGAAAUACAAGUUAUGAGAGAAGAACAUGAAAACUUGACGAGGGACUUUGAGAAAGAGUUACAAAAGAUGUUGUGUGAAGUGAACGAACAACAAAUUGCUGAGAUGAAAAUUUUGCAAGGGAAAAAUGAAGAACUAAACGAGCUUUUGAAAAAACAAAAAUCAGAGGUUCAAAAGAUCUCCGCCCAACUGAAAAAAGAAAAAUCAAAUUUUGAAAAAGCCGAAGAUGAGUUCGUCAAGGUGAAGAAAAACUUAGCUCGCGAGAAAAAGAAGCUUAAAGAGGCCAAGGAAGGCAUGGCGGCAGAGGCUAAAGGAAAGACAGAUGCCCUGAGAGAACUGGCGAAACUGAAGGUUGAACUUGGUGAGAAAGAAAAACAAAAGGAAGAAGACUUUGCGCGACUUCGUAAGGACUUCUUGGAUCGUUGUCAUUGUGAAGCGUUGAGGGAAGAAAUCGCAAGACUAAGGAGCAUGCCAGGACGUGUUUUGAACUACAGGAAGGAUUUUGAUAGACAUGGAGUCAUCUAUGCGCUAGGAACAAAUUUUGGUACCUCAUCAUGGGUGAAUCCUAGUAGCUCAAACGCUUUUCCGACGAGAAUAAUCGCCACACGAUCUUCUGACGAACAAGGCUCGGCAAGUGAUCUGCUAGAUAUUCGGAGAGGCGGAUCAUUAAGCGGCACCAAAGACGAGGAAAAAUCGUGGUGGUGUGUUGACUUGAGCGAGAAAUAUGCUCUUUAUCUCACCCAUUACACUCUCAGACAUGGGCGAGACAACGGUAUGUCAAUCAUUCGUAAUUGGCGGCUUGAAGGAUCGUUGGACGGACGUACUUGGAAACUGUUAAAGAAACACGAGAAUGAUCGCGGGCUUAAGGAGCCUUACCCAUAUUACACCGCAACCUGGUGUGUCGAUGGGGAGUUCGGAGCUUUUCGGUAUUUCAGGAUUUUUCAGACGAGCAAGAACUCUUCAGGGAGACAUAACAUUUCCACUGUUGAUUCAGCAACUCUUAAGCAAGCAUAUGCUGGCCUAGUGACAAUGAUAUUGGAGGCUAUCAAGAUGGAUUGUGAUUCAUCCUCUAUAAGCUCUGUGUUGGAGGACUGCAAAUGGGGCACUGAAAGAAUAGAGUAUUUUACAAAAAACUUUCUGGAUUAUAAACCUAAUUUGGAAGCACUGCUUGCCAGAACAGGAGGUUCAUUUCCUCAUGUUGUGGAUGUGGAUUGGAGACUAGAUUAUUACAUUAAGAAUAAUCAGAUGGAGAAAGUAAACAAACCCACAUAUCUCAUCACACUUAAAACUGAGGAAGCUGGGAAGACCAAGGGAGAAGAUGUACAAUUUUCGUGUACAAUGGAGCAAUUACAGGAUCUGGUUGGAAAAUUGAAAGAUGCUUGUAAAAGUGUAGAGAAGGCUGCCAAUAACUGAUGUUCAGUCCUAAACCCUGUGAAGACAUAGUAAACAAAGACAUUAUUUUUAUGAUUAUAUUAGAUGUUUCUACGUCAAUUGCGUAUUUGUUAAGGAAAGUUUACACGUCUAGCGCUGCUUUUUUAAGGAGUGCAACUGAAGAGAUUUCGCUACACGUUUUAGCCACAGUGACUGAUGAAAAAGAUGAUGUUUCGAAUAAAUAGACCCUAAUUUUUUGCCGGGUCAUUUUUUUUACCGCUGAACCUAAUAGAGAACAUUUCUUUUUUGUAGUUUUCGUCAGAGAAAAAUAAAAUUAAGGUGAACAGA